CCACACAUAAUUUAUGCGAUUUUAUAUAUUUCUUUAUCUUCGAUUGAGGGGUGGUUAGGGUUUGAAUAAUCGGUGCGCGAUUCCACUGACAGACAGUCGAAUUAGGGUUGUUGUUUCAAUUCUGUUCCAUUAUACACAAUUUUUUAUGUACAUAUAACCAUAUAGAUAUAGCACCAAUUGGGGAGGGAGGGAGAGAGAAAAUUGUUUUGAUGUUUAUGGAUGCGGUGAAUCCGAGGCCUUAUGAAGGACAUGAAGCUUAUUAUGUGAAUGUACCAAUUCGAGUGGAUCAAUAUGGAGGUGGAUUUGAAGCUGAUGAAUUUAGUGGAGGAGGUUGCGAUGAGACGAUGAAUUGUGUUGAAGAGGUUCAAGUGAGCCCUAUAAACGAUGUCACAAGUGUUGUACCUUUGUCUUCCAGGACGAGUGAACUCACCAUUUCGUUCGAGGGCGAAGUCUACGUCUUCCCCUCCGUUACACCCGAAAAGGUGCAGGCGGUCCUCUUACUUUUGGGAGGACGUGAAAUACAAAGUAGCAUACCUAGCUCAGAAUUUUUGUUGCAACAGAAUAGCAAGAGUGUAGGAGAUAAUUCUGACACUUCACGACCAUCAAAUCUUUCUCGAAGGAUUGCAUCCCUGGUUCGGUUCCGUGAGAAACGGAAGGAGAGAUGCUUUGAGAAGAAAAUUCGCUACUCUUGCAGAAAAGAGGUUGCUCAGAGGAUGCAUCGCAAAAAUGGGCAAUUUGCAUCUUCAAAGGAGUCUUACAAAGUGGGUGGCAAUAUUCGGGAAUCAGGCAAUGGCACUCCUCGACCAGAAUACACAUGCCAGCACUGUGGGGUGAGUGAAAAGUCUACUCCAGCAAUGCGUCGAGGACCAGCAGGUCCAAGAACUCUCUGCAAUGCCUGUGGACUUAUGUGGGCAAACAAGGGAACUUUGAGAGAUCUUACGAAAGGGGGAAGGAAUAUUUCUUUUGACCAAAGUGAACCGGACACCCCAGAUAUCAAGCCUUCAACCUUGGAGCCUGAAAAUUCCUAUCAUAACCAGGACGAGGAGGAAACUCUAGAUGAGCUUGCAAAUGCUUCAGGGACAGAAUUCGAGAUUCCUGUUGGUUUUGAUGAGCAGGUGGAUGUAGAUUCUCAUUUGGGGACUGAUUGGCUCGGGGCUUAAGUACAGUCGACUGCCCUUAAUUCCAUACUGUAUUUAACGUACAGCUCCCAAUUUCGAUUUGAAGGUGGUUACCAUAGACUUGGAAUCUGCGGCGAUCACUGUGUAUAUGAGGAGUUGCUGGAACAUAAUCUUUUGCAUCUUCUACAGAUAUGUCUUUAUCAGUUUUCGCUGUUUUUUUCAUGUGCUUUCUCCUUCGUUACAUGUAGUGCCCAUAGGUUUUUGGUGAUAUCUUUGGGAGAAAUGUACGUUCAUGAUUCAAGUGGCCCCCUCUUCCAUAUUUUCUGAGUUUCUUUUUUUUGUCUUCACAAAUUCUAGCAGAGAGAAAGUAUUCUCCCCUUUCCCCGUCCCCCCUCCCCCUCCUUCUCCC